AUGUCCAACACAGCGAUUUCACCAACAGGAUACGCCAAUAUCCUCAUGUCUCAAAUUUCUCCACAACAUUCUCUUGAUCUGCAGUUUAAUUUCAGGAGCUUGCAUCAUAUUCAAUUCACCCGGCGUGAUUGUGAUACCAAUAACACCUCUUCGACGUCGAACGAAGGGCUCUGGGCCCUUCUUGAUCUGGAUCCCUUACCUGAUGACAGCAUGAUCUCACAAUUGAAGCAAGAGAUAUCCAAACUCCAGCACACAGUUGCCUUUCUCCAGUCAGAGAAAGUGACGCUCGUCAACGAAAACUUAUGUCUGAAUACAAAGUGUGAAACCUUACAGACUAUACUUGUUAAUAGUCAAGGUUCAGCUAGCUCAACUGCCUCAAGUUCGUCUCUGUCUGUCGCAAGUGAUGUCAAAUCAUGGACAAAGAAAGACUGGCAGGAGAACAUGCCAUCAAGUACAUCAGCCAAUCCUGGAUCUUCUGGCAAGAAGCGAGGGGCCACGUGCAUGGCACGUGGCAUCAAUGUAGCAUGUACCUAUCUGCAGGACGAAGCUGGGCAGCCUGUUUCUGCACAACGGGCAAAAACUAUUCGUCUUUUCAUGCUGUCAUGUUUUCGACAACUCGAAUCUCAAGGUCUCGCGCCUCAGUCCAUUGGCCAAGCAUCGCUCAAAAAGGUCCCUACUUCUACUUGUGUCGCCAACUCUUUGACUUCUGGAACUACUACCUCCAAGUCAACUACAACCGCCCCUCCAUCCAAUAACCUAUCAGAUACUGAUGCAUCUUCCCUGGCUGUCAAGAUGGAACUCCUGGAAGCAAACCCCGCAAUGUCCAUUCCUUCUAAUAUGAUCGACUCGAAGGCCCAACCAAUUAAGAAGCAACAGCUGAGUACUAAGCCAAUGUGCAUGAGCCCCAAGAUCACAGCGUGGAAUCUUUGUGCCCUCGAUUGGCAAUUGAAUGGCCAUCAAAAGGAACCAGCAAGCAUCUUCGCAAUCUUCUGGAACGGCCUAUCGAGCACUAACAAAGAGGCAUACAAGCGCAAAGUGGUUCAACAGCUCCAAUCAGCUGGACUUCCUGCCGCCAUUGACAAUGCAGACAAGGAGUGA